AUGAAACGAGUUUUUAAUCUUAUCAUCAUUACUUUCAUUGCUACUCUAUCCAUUUUUUGCCCUACUGAAUCUGUGUCUUCCAACGAAACCAUACCAUUUAACGAAACCAUACCCUUUAACGAAUCUAUCCCCUCUGUUCCACCACCCUCGGGGAUCUGUUUAAAGUCACAAGUGGUUGCUAAUGGUACUCAAAUUAAAACUGGUGGUAACCCUAAUGGAUGGUGCUCCAGCGUAAUCCAAGGACAAAUUCCAACAAACGAAUUUAUGGUCUCCACUCUUAUUAUUAAACCUAAAGAUGGAUCUAUUGUACCAGCAAAUCAGAAUUUUACUCUAUCAAUUAAAAUAAUCAACUUACAAACAGGAUAUUUUGCUGAUCCUGAUACAGAAUACUAUACCCAACCACAAGAACUUAACGAAGAAGGGAUUAUCAAAGGACAUAGUCAUGUUGUUAUUCAAAAAUUAACUGAUGAAGACGAAGAGGUUGUUCCAAAUCCUAAUAUAUUAGCUUUUUUUAGAGGUUUAAAUGAUCCAGCUGACGAUCGAGGUAUAUUGGAGACAGAAGUUGGCACGGAUACAGAACCUGGCUUACCAACUGGUAGAUACCGUGUGUGUACGAUGGCCUCUACAUACACUCAUCAGCCAGUUGUCAUGCCUAUUGCUCCACGUGGUUCACAAGAUGACUGUAUUCGUUUCAUCGUUAUUGGAUAG